AUGUACAGACUUUGUUCCGUUCAUCUUGAGGAGUGUAGAGUUCUUCACUUGGAGAUCAACCAACGAGUCGAUGGCAGAUCGGCGUCGCCACAUGGCAUACAACAAAAAAUGUGCAGAGAUUUUUUGUCCGAAUUCGCCGUCACGGGAACUCUGGUAGCGCCUCGAAAGGAUCUAAAGGAAUUUAUGAUUGUGGGCAAAGUCGACCAUGUUUCAAAUUCAGCUGCCAAGUUUCACAACUGGCUACGUGAGCAGUGUGUUACGAUCAAAUCGGUCGAUCGAGCUGACAGCGCUUCCCUGGAGGAGUGUCUUCGAUACUCGAUAGUUGUUUGGCUCGAACCACAUCAAUACUAUCGAUGUGGUAAGGCUUUACUCAAAGGACCGUUCCUAGGAACAAACUGCUCCAAGGUGGUAAGAAUCUUAUUCUCGGUGCAUUGUACUUCGGCUGGAGACGUGUUCCUUCGCAUAUCGCCUGAAACAAUUCGUUUGUUGCCUUUGGAAACCUGGCAAUUUCAAGAGUCUUCAAUAGAGCCACGCUGGGUUUACUGUUUGCCC